AUGAUGGACAAGUACCAUCCCGGGUACUUCGGCAAGGUUGGCAUGCGGUACUUCCACCUGAACAAGAACAAGUACUUCCAGCCCAUCAUCAACCUGGACAAGAUCUGGAGCCUGGUGGGCGAGUCCGCGCGUGUCGAGGCCGCCAAGGACACCUCCUCCGCCGCCGUGAUUGAUGUCACGCAGCACGGCUACUUCAAGGUGCUCGGCAAGGGCCAGCUCCCAGAGCAGCCGCUGCUGGUGCGCGCCAAGUUCAUCUCCAAGCUGGCGGAGAAGAAGAUCAAGGCGGCCGGCGGUGCCGUGGAGCUGGUUGCGUAG